AUGCAGGAGCUGAUAGGGCUGACGGUGAUGCAGCUGCGAGGCGAGGGGCCUCGCUACUGGGAUUUAAGGUCGGGCGAUGAGGAAGGCAUUUUUGCAGACUUGCUGGUGCUAGUGGCGAGAACUCGCAUGGCGAUUCAGAGGCGACAAGUGGAGAACCCUAGGAGCGUGCUGUCGUUUGCUACGUGGGGUAUCUCUGUCGGCGAGCCUCACGUGAGAGCGGACAGUGAGGCCGGACUUGUGUUGGAGACGCAUGCAUGCUCCUUGCUGCCUUUUAGUGUGACAACCACGGCGGCGGCACACUGGAGGAUGUUCUCGCUGCCGCCUGUGAACCACGAAAAUGUAUCAAACGACAUCGAGAAUAGCGAUGUCUUUGCGCGAAUUUUUACGUGUUCGUCGAAUCAUUUUGGAAGGAGCAUCCACGUCCGCGGCAAGCACAUAUGCCGCAGAUACCCGCGGUUUCAACACGGUAACGUGGGCCAGACCCAGCGAGCACGAGAGAUCAUUGAGUGGGCCUCGAAGUCGCAGCACUCAAUAAAUGACUGGUACCGACAGAAGCUUGGUGAAGUUCUUGUGGAGGAAGACUGGAAAGCAUUUCGUGGUGGAGAUGCUGACGAAGUUGCAGUUUAG